UGUCUGUUGCGGUAACCAUAGAAACAGUUAAUCUAACGUCACCAGAUGACAAAUGGCCAAAAAGGGACAGACCGUUCAAUUACAGACCGAACUGAACACGGACGAAGAAUGGGAAAAGUAUCUGCAAAAACCGGGACUUCUUGUGAUAGAUGUCUACUCCGACUGGUGCGGACCAUGUGCCGGCAUGCAGGCAAACCUGAAGAAGAUCAAAGUUGAGAUUGGCGGGGACACUCUGCAGCUUGCAGUAGCCAAGUGUGAUGGGAUCACUGAUUUGGAGAGAUUCAGAGGAACUAGCGAGCCUACUUGGAUGUUAGUGGCGGGCGGCAAGAUGGUAAACUUCAUGUACGGUGCCAACGCCCCAAAACUCACGCAACUCAUCACCGAGGAGAUCAGAAUUCAGAAACUGGUCGAUGAGGGAUCCUACACAAGGGAAAAUGUGAUGGAGGUGACAGACAGGGCGCCGGACGAAGCUAAGAGGUGGGAAGCGAUCCAGAGUAAGCUGGCCGAAGAGGAGGCGCUCGAGGAUGCCAAAAGAAAACAGGAGGUACACCAAAGGCUGCUGAAGGAAUCCGACGCCAUCCUGGAGAAUCUGGGUAAUCUGGGAGUGAUGGUGGUCCUGCCCCACGCCAGAGAUAAGUACCUGGAGGUGAUGAAGGACCUGAUGAACGAGGCCGGGCUCGUGAUAAGCAUCUCGGAGAAGGUAAACCUAACGAGAGACAUAAUGGAAGAAAUGCUGUAUUUCUCUGAUCAAAAGGCGGAACAUCUAAACUUCGAAGAUAACCCAAAGAAACCAACCAUGGGUGUCACGCUGAAGAGAUCCUCAGAACACCUUCCUGGCAACGUCAUCGACGACGUGGUCCUGCAGGUAAUUUACGGCAACUCGAGAAAACACCCCGGCGAUGAUGAUUCUCCGAGCAGAAAAUUCCUGAAGACAGAUCCGGACGACAGGAUCUUCAUAGGCUUAUGGGCUCCGCCUAACGCCCGCUGCAAAGCCAUCGCCCUCAAGUUGCUGUUUCCCUCUCUAGCGAAGGCUUACAAGCUGCCGGAGUUCAAGCACGUACCCCUCCACGUGGCGAUGGCUUUCGAAGCUUUCAAGACGAACGAUCUGAUGGAGUUGUCGAAGGAGUAUCCAGGGGGAGUCAUGAGAUAUGGAUUUUUCGAUUCUGACGAACCGAUCAAGGCCCAGUUGAUUGCGAAAACUGUAGAAGAGUUCGAAUCCAGGAGUACGCCAGUUACAUACGAAGAGAAAAUAAUACUCCAGGUGUCGAAAGAGGACAAGGAAUGUUUCGAGGCAUUUUUGAAGGUUGGUCCUUCCUAUCGUAGCUUGAACGUGGAAGUAGGAGAAAAAGACUGCUCGUUUCUGUUUCCUCCUGGAUACGAUGCACCUCCCAAGAAGGAACAGGAAGUGUCGAAGAAGUCUAGGAAAAAAAAAAAUAAGAUUAUUCAUCAGAUAACUGUGAACAAAGAUGGAGAAGAGAUAAUUGAAACGAUGGUAGCAGACAAAACUUCAACGGAAGAAACUGAGGAACUGAAAACGGACAUUAAAGACGAAGGAGAAGAAAACUUCGAUGAAGAGGAAGAUUUUGAUGAUGAAGAAGACGAGUUGAUACUAGAAGACACUGAAAUAGAGAGAGCUGGAGAAGAAAAAGCUACAUCGCCGAUGGUAGAGUAGAAUCCUGAAUCGAUUUAAAAAAGUAGUUACCCACAUUCUUUGUCUAAUGGCUAAUAAAUCACGUCGAAAAAUA